AAGGUUAAGAAUGUUUACUAUUUAGGCAAAGGAGUCGCAGUCGCAUAAAGAUGUAUCCCUCCGAAUAAUAAUAAUUCGUAAGUUGGGUCUCUCGUCGAUUCUUCAAUGGCUUGGGAUUUGCUUUUGUGGAUUAUCUCCUUCUUCGUCAGCUUGGCUCUCGUCGCUUCUGUCUUCUAUCAGGUUAUUUGUUUAACGGAUUUAGAAGCGGAUUACUUGAACCCUUUUGAAACAAGUACUCGUAUCAACCGAUUGGUAAUACCUGAGUUUAUCCUCCAAGGGUCACUCUGCCUUGUCUUCCUCUUCACUUGGCAUUGGGUCUUUUUUCUCGUCGCUCUCCCUGUAGCACUCUAUCACGCUAUGUUAUACAAAGAGCGACGUUACCUCAUCGAUGUCACUGAAGUGUUCCGUGGUAUUAGCUUUGAAAAGAAGUUCCGGUUUACCAAGCUGGGGUUCUACAUCUUUCUCUUCAUCAUGGUUGUCUUUAGGCUUACUCUCUCGGCAGUCUAUAGCUUCACGGAGGACGAUGAUCUACUUCAUUUGUUUUGAUUUAUGCGCUCUGCGUUUACCACCCCCCCCCC